AUGUCGGGACACCACCGCAUCACUCUCACCACCAACCCCCCCUAUUUCGAUGGGGACAAAACCAAGUACAUGGGCUUCGUGGACUCAUGCACCACCUACAUUGGUGCAUACUGGUCGGAAUUCUCGCAGGAUGAGACAAAAAUCCUGUUCAUCCUCUCCUACCUCCGCAAUGAGGCUGGCACAAGCUGCGCUGCCUCGAGAUGGGCGAUGAAUUGGAAGCAGCGUAACUUCGAGAGCCUUAGCGGGAUAAAAGCUGGGGUCACCUCGGCAACCUUCUUGGAGGAGCUUCAGAGGGCCUUCGGGGAUUCCAACGCGGAGCAAGUUGCCGCCGCUCGACUCAUGGCCCUGCGCCAGAACAAACGAUCCUUUGCGGAUUAUAUCUCCGACUUCGAGAUGCUGGCCUCGGACGCGGGGUACAAUGUGGUCACCACCACCGACGACAAGGGCGAGUACAAGAAGAGGGAUCAAGACAACAUCCUCAUUGAGUUCCUCGAGCGUGGACUCAGUAGCAAGAUCGCCAGUCGCCUCUACAACACCAGUGUCCCUCUCCCCAAAGUGUAUGGAGCCUUCAAGGACUGGUGUGUCAACAUCAAGGCAAAUGCUCUGCGCGAUCAGCUGCGCAAAGCAUCGUAUGGGCACCCCACGCAACGACCACCUCCCCAGUUCCGCCCUCAGGCUGCCCCAACAACGCCUGCACCUGCUCCGGCCUGA